AUGGCUACCCAGCAGGCAUACAGGCCAGAGACCCCCCCACACCCCGACCACCUGUGGAUCUGGGAAAAGCACGUGUACUUGGAUGAAUUUCGUCGAAGCUGGCUGCCCAUAGUCAUCAAGAGUGAAGGAAAAUUCCAGGUGAUCAUGCGCCAGGAAGAUGUCACCUUGGGGGAUGCUAUGACCCCCAAUCAGCUGGUGCCAUACGAGCUGCCUUUAAUGUGGCAACUCUAUCCUGAGGAGAGUUCAGAGACGUGGAGGACAUGUUACUUGAACUGA